AUGCAGAAUUUGGAAUUCGACCUUACUGUUUAUGCACCUUAUCGUCCAGUUGAAGGUUUUAUACACGAUAUAGAGGAUUCCUCCCAUGCGGCAGAGGACCAAAUUCAGAUGUUCAAGAGGCAGCGUAGAGCUUCACAGCCUUCACUGAUCCUUUCCCUCCACUCGACGGAGAAAGCUGCUCCGAGGCUCCUCCUCAUUCAUCAAUGGCGGCCGUCGUUUGUGUCAGCUUCUUCAGUCUGCUCCCCGUCUCAGAAUCAUCUUCUCAGGCAGAUGGAUGAGCAGAGCUGGUAA